UUUGGACUAUUUAAAUAUGUGUAGUUUGAUGCUUAAAUUUGAUUAAUAAUAUGAACUUAUUCAAUGAUGUUCUAGUGAGUAAAAGGUGCGUAGAUAAUGCAACUUGAACACGAUUGACUUAUUUUUUGUGUGUUUAAAGUUAUCAUAUUGCUUAUGUGAUGAUGGUAACUCAUUCCUUAAAGCUGUUUGGGUAUGGUUGAUCUUACUUGUGAAUUCAGGAAGGUUCCGAUAAGGAUUAGACACUUUAGGAAAAGAUGGGACCUUAUUGAGGCAAACAUAAUGAAGAUUUUAUAUGACUCUCAGGAGCCACAUUUUGGAAUUCUCGCCCCAAUGAUCAAAGACAUGAUAAAAAAUGGAGAGUUUGAUCACUCGGAAAGGCUGUAUACAGAAUAUAUGUUGUUAUUGGAAGUAUAUCUUGAAUCAACGGUUUUACCAUCUCUGCAAGAGAAGCGUGAUGAGUUGUUGCUCGAAGAGCUACAGAGCAGAUGGUCAGAUUAUAAAAUCAAGAUGGAGCGGCUUUCUAGAGAUCUCAUCGAUCUUGAUCACUACUACACCUGUAAAAACAAAGACGUCCUGACAGUUGAAAUGGCUGGUUACAAACUUUUCCGUGAUCUGGUCUACGGAAAUUUGAAAAAGAAUGUGAUGCGUCCUGUGAUGGCACUGAUUAAUCAAGAGCGUGAAGGCCAACAAAUAGACCAAGCUAUACUGAAGAGUACCUUAGACUUGGUGGUUGAAAUGAACUUUGGAUUACUGGGUUGUUAUGAGAACGACUUUGAAGCUCCCUUGCUUGAAGAAACAGCAGCGUAUUAUUCACGAAAAGCUUCAAAUUGGAUUGAAGAAUAUUCUUGUCUAGAGUAUAUGCUUCAAGCUGAAGUUUGCUUAAAAAGGGAAAAGGAAAGAGUUACUCAUUAUCUUCAAUCUAGUACUGAGACAAAGCUGCUCGAGAAAGUUCGAAAUGAGCUGUUAACGGCUCGCUCUGCCGAAUUAAUCAAGAAAAAAGAGACUGAUAUAUAUGCACUGCUGAGGGAUCACAAGGUUGAUGACUUAUCAAGGAUGCAUAAACUUUUGAGAACAAUACCCCAUGCAUUGGAUCCUCAUGUAAUAAAUUGUGUUGUACUACAGCAUGUUACAGCUGAAGGCACAGCCUUGGUAAACCAGGCAGAAGAUGCUGCAAAUAAUAAGAUGAUAGAUGUGGCUGGAAUGCAGGAACAAGUUUUUUACAGGAAAGUGAUCAACUUACAUAACAAGUGCAUGGUUGUAGUUGAUUGUUUUGAUAAUCAGAUCCCAUUUCACAAGGCGGUCAAAGAUGCAUUUGAAAUAUUCUGCGACAGGAGUAUAUUUGGAAGUUCAAGUGCAGAAUCACUUGCCAAAUUUAGUGAUAAAAUUCUUAAAAAAGGUGGAACUGAGCAAUUGAGUGAUGAAGCAAUUGAGGACACGCUUGAUGAGAUUGUGAAGCUGCUUCGAUACAUUAGCGCUAAGGAUGUAUUUGUUGAUUUCUGCUGGAAAAAGCUUUCUCGGAGGCUUUUGUUUGACAGGAGUAUUAGUGAUGAGCAUGAGAGGAGUUUUGUUGCAAAACUGAAAGAGUGGUUUGGUGUUGUCUUUACCAGAAAGAUGGAAGCGACGGUAAUAUACUCAUGUAUAAGAUAUAGAUGUAUUUACGGGGGUGUUUGGAUUCAAUACCUACUUUUAGUUUUUAUAAAACCAAUAUAUACAAAGAGGUACAUCACUUCAACAACUGCCCCAAGCCCAAUUUUGCACAUUUACCCAAGUUGCCAGCCGACCUGUUUCUUCAACUUUUGGGACUAAUCUCAUUUCCCAGAAGCUAAUAUCAUUCUAAAUAUACCAAAAUCU